CGAUUGUGGUAGCAGCUGCGGUGGCGGCUGUGGCAACUGCGUUUGGGAAAGAAAAAGAAGGAAUGAGAGUAAGAGAGAGCAGGUGACUGUGCCUCGAUGUUCGACACGUGGUGUAGUUUCGAAGAAAGGAAGAAAACGGGAGCACAAAACGAAAUAGAGAGAGGACACGGAGGAAAAGUAGAAGGAUUUGGGCUGGCACCUUCUUUGGAUCUUCGGAUCGAAAUCCUUGAAAGGUCAGCUUGUCACUCUUCGAGAUGUUUGAUUUGGGCUGAGGCAGCGGAUAGCUAUUCAGAAUAAUGGGCAAGUCUGGUUGGUUAUUACGAUAUUGUUGUAUAAGUAUGUCUUGUAUGUAAUGAAAUGUUGUCGAUGAACCGAAAUGGAUAUACUGUGUCAAAGUGUUAGGAGAUAUCUCUUAUUUGGAAUUUCAGAAUGUUAAGUCUAAUUUAUGGUAAUAUGAACUUGUGGUGAAUAGUUGGAGUCCUGAUUGUAUAAUUUAUUUAGCUUGUGGAUUUAUAAAUGUUGUUCAUGUUUGUCAAGUUGGCUUGGGUUGCCAUAAAUGUGAAUUAUCGAGUGAUGUGAUAUAUGAUUAUAAACUGCACAGGUUUUAUGGAUGUGAAUAUGAAUAGAAUGUUUUCAGUGUCCUCAAACGUUAGUUUGGAUCCUAGAUUGGUCUGUGACGAAAAUUUUAAAAAUCAUGGAUAUUUUGAGGGGCGUGACAGAGGUGGUAUCAGAGCAUUGUUUGAGGAUUACUGAAAUAUAUGAUAUGUUGACGUGCAAAAUAUAUUGAGGUCUAAUGAACUUUAGUGAUUGGUGGAAAUUUUCUUUGAUGUAUUUUAGGAAUCUAGGAUGACGAUGACAUUUAGUCCUCCUACUUCAUCUGAUUUUGAUUAAUUAAGUGGGAUGAAAGGGGUAAUCGGGGAUAUUGAAUCAGAGUGGCGCAGCGGAAGCAUGGUGGACCUAAUUUCAUUGGUGGUAGAAAAAUGAAUGAUGCAAACAGAGAAGAUAUUUGAUGUACAAAAUUGUUUUGAUGAUCAAAAGAUUUCUUUUGCCACCUUAUAUUGGAAGUAGAGGCUGAUUAUUAUUGGCAACAAUGAAAAGAAUUUUUGGAGAUCAGUGACAAGAAUGAUAAGGACAAGUUUACCAAUAAGAAUAUGAUUGGAAAUGAAUCAGAAAGUAAUGACAAGAGGGUCAAGACAUUUGGAUUUGAAAAGGAAAGUCACCACCAAAGACUUAAUCAUGUGUGAAUUACAAGUUAAAUUAUGAAACAAGUUUGUGUUUUCGGGUGAUUGGAGUCUAUUUUGCUUGUAGAAAGUUGGAUCAUAAAAUAAAAGUUUGCCCUUUGAACAAGAAGAAAGAGUCACUGCCUCCUAAAUCAUCAGCCCAUGUAAGAGUGUAUGCUAUCACUAAAUAUGAUUCUGAAACUUCUGAAUUAGUGGUCAAAGGUAUUAUGCAUGUUUGUGAAAGAAUGCAAAUAUUUGUUCGACCAUGGGUCCAAUCUACGAUUUGAUUCGUAAUAUUUUGCUUAUCACUUGGGUAUUCAACCUAGACCACUACAUUAUGUGCUAUAAGUAAAUACGAUCAUUGGAGAUUCUUUGAUAACGAAGUUGAAUCUGGUCCUCUUGUCUGAUUCUUAUUGGAGAACUUGAAUUUAUGCUGAUUUAGUUCUCCUAGAGAUUUGGAGUUUUGAUAUUAUACUUGGUAUGGAUUGGCUAUCUUCCUAACAUACCAGUAUGGAUUGGUAUAUAACAAAUGAUCACUUUUUGCAUAUUUGAUCAGCCGAUCUUUUAUUUUGAGAGUAUUGGACAUUAUUUAUCUUCUUGCCUAAUGUAUCCCAGGAUGACUUGUUUGGAUUACCUCCAAAUGUGAUUUUGCUUUUGAUUUGGUCCUUGGGACAAUCCUAAAAUCUAAGCCUCUCUACAGAAAGAUAUCAUUUGAGUAAGUGGAAUUGGAAAAACAACUACAAGGAUUGUUAAAUGAGGAUUUUAUUUGGCUUAAUAUUUCAUCAUGGGGUGCUCCGGUGUUAGUUAAAAGAAAUGUAUGGAACAUUGAGGCUUUGUAAGGAUUAUAGACAGUUGAAUUAGGUGACCAUAAAAAAAGAGUAUUUUCUGAAGUAACGACUUGCUCGAUUAAUUACAGGGUACGCAAGUAUUUUUAGAAAUUGAUUGAAGGUCGGGUUACCGUCUAUUGAGGAUCAAGGAGGAGAAUAUUUCGGUCACUCGUGGAUAAUUAUGUAAUUGUAUUUUAUUGAUGAAACUAUUUAAGAGUAGGAGGAGGAAAUAAAGAUAUCAUAAUCCUCAUCUUUUCAUCGAUUGAGCUAUGAUCAAUUUAGAGGACUAAAUUUUCUUUUAAGGGGGGGAGAGUGUAAUAUCCCUCGCUUUUAAAAAUUAUUAAUAAAGAUUUAUAUGUAAAUUGGAGGACCUAUAUGUAAAUAUAGAAAUUACAAGGACUAAACUGUUAAGUUGCAAAAAAAGAAAAAAAAAGGGAAAACCGAAAAUUCGGUAUUAUCCCACCGCCUCCCACGCACUCUGUUUCUUCCAGAAACAGAGAGAGCGGUGGGGCGUGAGGAGAAGGAGAGUGGUAGAAGAAGAGAGGAAGAAGAGGGAGAAGAGAAGAAGAAGAAGAAGAAGAAGAAGAAGAGGGAAAAGAAGAGAGGAGGAAGAAGAGGGAGUAGAGAAGAAGAAGAAGGAGAAGAAGAAGAAGAGGAGGUGGCUGCAGUGAGGGCUGCAGCGAGAAGCUGUGGGGCGUGGGGAGAAGAAGAAGAAGAAGAAGAAGAAGAAGAAGAAGAAGAAGAAGAGGGAAAAGAAGAGAGGAGGAAGAAGAGGGAGUAGAGAAGAAGAAGAAGGAGAAGAAGAAGAAGAGGAGGUGGCUGCAGCGAGGGCUGCAGCGAGAAGCUGUGGGGCGUGGGGAGAAGAAGAGAGGAAGAAGAGGGAGAAGAGAAGAAGAAGAAGAAGAAGAAGAGAAGAGGAUAGCUGCGGCAAGGCUGCAGCGAGGAGGUGUGUGGGGUUGGGGAGGAAAAGGGAAGAGGAGAAGAAGAGGGGAAAAGAGAGGCAGCUGCAGCAGCCAGGGCUGCAGCACCUCUGUUUCCCGCAGGUGGAAACAGAGGAGAGGAUGUGUGGGGCGUUGAGGAUGAAAAGGGAAGAAGAAGAAGAAGAAGAAGAAGAAGAAGAAGAAGAAGAAGAAGAAGAUAGCUGCGGCAAGGCUGCAGCGAGGAGAUGUGUGGCCUUGGGGAGGAAAAGGGAAGAGGGGAAGAGGAGAAGAAGAAGAAGAGGAAGAGAAAGAGGUGUGAUACCUCUGUUUCCUGCAGAGGAAACAGAGGAGAGGGUGUGUGUGACGCCGGGGAAGAAGGGGCUGCAGCUGCGGCGAUGGCAGCUGCAGCUGGAAGAGAAGAAGAAGAGGAAGAUGAGCAGGGGAGGAGGGAGAGGUUGCGGCCGUGGCUGCGGCCGCGACUGCAGCAGUUGCAGCGGGGAGAGAAGAAGAAGAAAGGAAGGAGAAGGAAGAGGAGAAGGGAAAGAAGUAGCUGCGGCUGCGGUUGUGGCAGCUGCAGCUAUGGCAGGGAAAGAGGAAGAGAAAAAGGAAAGGAAGAAGAAGAGAAAGGGAAGGAGAGGAAGAAGAGAGGAAGAGGAGAAGGGGCUGCGGCUGCGGCGAUGGCAGCUGCAGCUGUGGCUGGGAAAGAAGAGAAGGAAAGGAAGAAGAAGAGAAAGGGAAGGAGAGGAAGAAGAGAGGAAGAGGAGAAGGGGUGGCAGCUGCAGUUGGAAGAGAAGUAGGAGAGGAAAUAGAGUAGCAGAGGAAGAAGUGGCUGCGGUUGUGGUGGCUGCGGCCAUGGCUGCGACUGCGACUGCGACUGCGGCAGUUGCAGCUGGGAAAGAAAGGAAAGGAAAGGGGGAAAAAGGGGCUGCGGACGGGAUUGCGGCCGCAGCGGCAGCGACUGCGUAUGCAGCAGUUAUGUCUGCGAGAGAAGGGAGGAAGGAAGGUAGUGCGGUGGAAGGGGCUGCGAUUGUAGCAGCGGCAACGGCGGCGGCUGUGGCAGCUGCGUUUGGGAAAGAAAAAGAAGGAAUGAGAGUAAGAGAGAGCAGGUGACUGUGCCUCGAUGUUCGACACGUGGUGUAGUUGCGAAGAAAGGAAGAAAACGGGAGCACAAAACGAAACAGAGAGAGGACACGGAGGAAAAGUAGAAGGAUUUGGGCUGGCACCUUCUUUGGAUCUUCGGAUCGAAAUCUUUGAAAGGUCAGCUUGUCACUCUUCGAGAUGUUUGAUUUGGGCUGAGGCAGCGGAUAGCUAUUCAGAAUAAUGGGCAAGUCUGGUUGGUUAUUACGAUAUUGUUGUAUAAGUAUGUCUUGUAUGUAAUGAAAUGUUGUCGAUGAACCGAAAUGGAUAUACUGUGUCAAAGUGUUAGGAGAUCUCUCUUAUUUGGAAUUUCAGAAUGUUAAGUCUAAUUUAUGGUAAUAUGAACUUGUGGUGAAUAGUUGGAGUCCUGAUUGUAUAAUUUAUUUAGCUUGUGGAUUUAUAAAUGUUGUUCAUGUUUGUCAAGUUGGCUUGGGUUGCCAUAAAUGUGAAUUAUCGAGUGAUGUGAUAUAUGAUUAUAAACUGCACAGGUUUUAUGGA